AUGAAAAUCAUACAAAACUGGAAAACAUACUUUCCCACCGCGAAGAAAUGUCCUCCCUUGAUCUAUCUAGAUGUCUGGCCCUUUAUAUCCCAGCCUAUCAUCAUGGUUAUUGCGCCCGAGCUCUGCGCGCAGCUCACCCAGGAGACGCCCCAGCCACGGCAUCCCAUGUUUGGAUGGGCAAUGACCCCAGUCACAGAUGGUAUUGACAUUAUAUCUAUGAACAUGGCUGACCAUAAGGUCUGGCGCUCCAGACUGAACCCAGGGUUUUCGUCUAGGAAUGUCAUUCAGAAUAUGCCUGCUAUCCUUGAAGAAGUCUCCCUUUUUGCCCAGAGACUGAAGGACACAAUUGAUGGGGAUAGCGGAGAAUGGGGGCGCAUGUUUACUCUCUAUGACCGAGCAGUUGCGCGCCCCCUCCUCGCACCCGUCUUCAAGGAGCCUGCUAGUUUGUUUGCUGACCGGACAUAUAUUCACAGUGAUCUUCACCUUAACGAACAGACAAGCGGGCCAGGGCCGCUACUUAAGGCUCUGAGGAAUCUAAUCACCCGAGUGAAGCUAAAGAAUAUCAAGAACCAGCUAGAACGAUAUACUCCAGGAUUUAGGCGCGAUGUAUCGCAAAACGCGGCUACUAUGAGAGAUAUCCUACUGCCCCAGAUACAGUCGCGGUUUAAUGAAUCCCCUAGUUCAAAGAAUCAGAAAACUGUCAUCGAUCUAGCUAUCAAAGAUCUGAAAGAAAGCGGAUAUCAACCUACAUCUAGAUUAAUGAACAUCAUCGUCGCCAAUCUAAAGGCUUUCUUAUUCGCCGGUCAUGACACCACUGCUCAAACCCUUUGCUGGGUUUUCUACGAAAUCAACAAAUAUCCCGACAUCCUUGAAAAACUCCGCGCCGAACAUAAUCAGGUGCUAGGGUUCGAUCCAAAACUAGUAACCGAGAUAUUGCAACAAACCCCCCACAAGAUAAAUCAGUUAGAAUACACGGCUGCAGUUAUCAAGGAAACACUACGCAUCCACUCUCUAGCCAACACCUUUCGCCAGGCUAACCCUAGCUUCACCUUCUCACUUGAUGGCAUCCAGUAUCCAACAUAUAACUGUAUGAUCCAGACAACUCCAACAAUGACCCAUAUUCAUCCUGAUCUAUGGCCUCGACCAAUGGAAUUUAUACCUGAUCGCUUCCUGGUCCCGGAUGGUCACCCCCUGUACCCCAUUAAGAAUGCCUGGCGUCCGUUUGAGUUAGGGUCGACGAAAUGUAUCGGCCAAGAACUAGCCUUGCUAGAGCUGAAGCUCGCCUUGGUGUUUACAGUGCGCGAGUUGGAUUUCGAUUUCAAUUAUGAUCUGUGGGAGGGAAUGAAGACAGAGAAGACAACGGGUGCAGUGCCGGACACAGUCAAUGGUGAACGCACAUAUAGAUGCGGUGAUGGCAUCGGUUCAGUUAAGGAUGACUUGCCUAUGAGAGUAAGGCUAAGGUAG